AUGGCAAGCCUCGAGAAGGUCGAGGACAUGCUGGCAGCGCAACCAGAGGUUGCCUCGAGCAACCGGUCGGUGCACGAGCUACCUGCUUCACAACUGCUGCACGUACUCUCCACUUUGACGCUGCAGCUGCGUGCGGCACGUCAUUUGCGGGAUAGGGCCUGGGCUUCGGAGCUGCCUGUGGCCACUCUGCCGUUGCCGGCGCUGCAGGACCUGUUCAAAGUGCCCUCGGCUAACGCCCAGCAGCAGCAGCAGCAGCAGCAGCAGCAGCAGCAGCAGCAGCAGCAGCAGCAGCAGCUGCAGCUGGACGAGGUGCUGGUGGAGGAGGAGGAGGAAGAGGAGGAGGAGGAGGAGGAGGGGGAAGAGCAACAGGCAGAGCAGCAUCUUAUACAGAAGGCACUGCAGUUGGUGACUGGCGAGCUGCAGGAGAUGCCGUCAGCAGCAGAGGUGCCAGGUGGCUUUCCGGGGCCCCGAUGCAUCAGGUUUGCCUGGUCCACCACGAAUAUAGCUGCCGUCACCGCUGAGGAGCACGUGGCAUGGACGGCCGCAGCCAUGUUCGGCGCGCCGGGUGACGCAGCAGUGGAUGAUGACGUCACCGCGGCCUGCCGCUGGUCCGCAUUGCACGACGUCAUCGCCCCGCCGCUGCUCGAAUCUGCCGGCACGGCCUCGCUCGUGCGCCUGCCGGCCGCAAUCGCCGCAGAGGCGCUCGGCAUGGCCGCAGGGCUGGCGUGGCGGCGGCUGCUGCUGGGCGCUGCGGAGGGCGGGGCGCCCAUACUUGCGGCGUUGAACGAGGUGGCUGCGGCCCUUGGCGGUGCGGCGCUGGCGUCGGAGAAAGAGCAGAAGGACUUCCACUUGAGCGUCACAGCAUCGUUUGUCUGGGCGGCGGCGCAGGCUCUCACCUGCAGGAUGGCCACAGAGCGGCCCUUCCGGUCACCGCCAAACGUGCGCAUGCUCCAAUGCUGGGCUCGCGAGAGCAAGUGA